GGGUAUCUUGUGUUUCCUGAUAGACCCUGACAGUCGGUCAGCUGUUGCAGGAAAGUUUUGACAUAGUUUGAUAGCUUUCUGUACUAUCUAGUGUUUAUUAGAUGUUUUACCUCAUCUGAAGCAAAUUCCCAGCGUGUGUUUUUCGUCGGUGUACUUCAUCGACUUCCAUCCAGUAAAUCACUUCGGUUGACAUCUUUAAUUUGUAAAAGUUCACCGGGACAUUAACUUUUCGGAAUGAGUUUGAACGAGCACUCCUUGCAGGCUCUGUCAUGGAGAAAACUGUACUUGAGUCGAGCAAAGUUAAAAGCCACGAGUCGCACUUCUGCUCUUUUGUCCGGAUUCGCAAUGGUUGCCAUGGUGGAGGUACAGCUGGAGCGAGAAUUUAAGUACCCCCCGGGGCUGCUGAUAGCCUUCAGUGCCUGCACCACAGUCCUGGUUGCAGUCCACCUCUUCGCCCUCAUGGUCAGCACUUGCAUCCUCCCGAAUCUCGAGGCUGUCAGCAAUGUUCACAACCUCAACUCCGUCCACGAGUCUCCCCACGAGCGCAUGCAUCGCCACAUAGAGUUGGCCUGGGCUUUCUCCACAGUCAUCGGCACCCUCCUCUUCCUCACAGAGGUGAUGCUCUUGUGCUGGGUGAAGUUCUUACCCCUCAGAAGCCUUGACGAGCAGAACAGCACUAUAAGUUCAGGGCAGGCUGCAGCCAUCGCUUCCACCUGCAUCAUGGUGCCGUUUGGACUCGUUUUUAUCAUGUUCGCCGUCCACUUUUACCGCACUCUGGUCAGUCACAAAACGGACCGGCAGAUCAAAGAGCUGGAGCAGGUCAUCCAGCUCCAGAGCCAGCUGGACCAUCGGGGUGAGAACGACGACCUGAAGGCCACUAUCCACUAUCCUUGAUUAUAGCCAGUAAGCACGCUACAGCAGCAGACAUUCAACAAUGCCUUUAUUGUGAAAUUCUCUUAUAAAAGCUUUAUUUGUUAUGUAUAACUGUGCACAAAUUAAAGGUGUACUUCCUUGUUUUUAUAUGCCCUAACGUUUAGUUGACGCUUUUGUCCAAAGCAACAUACAAGCACUUCAGUACUGUAGACAUGCCUACAGGAGCAUUUCAGGGUGAAGUAUCUUGCCCAAAGACAUGUUGACAGCAGGGAAUGGGAUCGAACCUCUUGAACCUUGCCACUUUUCUUUCAAUAUUCAUGUAAAACAAAAUUCUUUGUUGAAGCCUGGUAUAAAAUGAUAGUCCUGCUCCUUUUAAUGGUCUAUUUGAGCUGCCACGGUUUAAUCUGUGCUGCUGCGGGCAGACACACUAGUGACUCACCACCACUGCUGCAUGCACCUGUGGCCUUUAUAUCGUCCCAUGGUGGGUUGCAUUGAUUUCACAUGUUCUCACAUUUGUCUGGCUUUAAAUUAGGCUUUGUAGAGAGCAUUACCAGACCUUUAUUUUCAAUGCAGACGUUCAAAAUCAAGGUUUGAGUUAUCUGACUGAAAUAUCAGUUUGAUUUGAAUCACUGUAUACAUGCUUUAAAACCGAAAUUAUGGAACAACUUGCAUGUUUUAAAACGUUUUUUAUAUACAAACAUUCAUACUCAUUGGACUAAUUGGUUGUUUAAUGAGUAAGUAUAAUCAUAUAAUACAAUACAUGCAUAAGAAUCGUGUAGGAACUUUACUACAUGUUUUAGUCUUGAACAAUGUACAUGUUACAAUUUGCUAAACUAGCUUCGAAAAUCAGUUUGCAUUGGAGUCUUAAGAUUUGAGCAAAAAGCAGUUAAGAUCUUUUACAAAACAAAUAGUUACAGUAUAAAUCAACCCAACAGUAUUUGUGUGUAAUCUGAGCCAAAUUUCCACUUCUGAAUAAAGGGUGUUAUUGCAUUACACAUAUUUCUAUAGCACAAUAAAUAGCAGAAUAAAUGUAGGGUACAAAAUAUGAUGAGUUUUCUUGAUUUCCUGCUGCUUUUGUGAACAUACUGUUAUCCAUAAAUGGUAACUAGCUUUAAAAGUAUUGUUGAAUGUAUUGUUACAAAGCAUGCACAUAUUGGAACUGUUGUUUUAGAGUUUGUAUGUUUUUUACUUUUAAUAGUUUACAAACUUGUGUGUUCACAGGUUGUGUGAAUUAGCGUGUGGUGUCUUUGUCCUGUGGCACAUUGUUGAAUAGUUUUACAUGGGUUUGACAAUUUUCUAUACUCUUCUUUAUAUCUACUGUAACGCUGGUACAAAAACACAGUAAGUGCUUAAAUGAAGAAAUAUGCAAAUAUUUUUAGCUGCUGGACGACAAUUCAUUUUGUUCAUAAUACUAUUGCUCAACUGUAAAAUACUGAUAUUAUACCAAGGUAACUCUGGUCAUUUAUCUAAACAUGGUUUGUGCUGAGUUAUGUUUCUGUAGAUCACUAGCGCCCAAUAUUUGCAUUGAAAUUGUUUCCACCUGAUAAUAAUAUCUUCGUGACACAAACCAGAGAGCUAGAAUCCAAAAGGGGUUCAAUCACUAACACACACGUUUAGAAAAUUGGUUGUUACCUUUCUAAAGAUCACUGUUGAUGUUUAUUUUCACACGAAGAAAUAUAUAAAGAAGGUUUUAUCCAGAUAACCUCACACUCUCUGGACACUUCUGAAAGGAAUUACCACAGAUCAAUGCAAAUGAAGGCAUUUUCUUCUGUGGGUCAUUUUGCUGGUUUAUUUAUUUAAUCCAUAUUAAUGUAUAUAGAGAGGUUCCACUGUUUGUGUCGAUGCACAGCUUUUAAAGGGAUUUUUUUCUUUCAGCAAAUAACUGAAUUGUAAGUUUUGCAUAUAUCUGGUGUUUUAAACUUGAGUCAGCAGGACUUUGUUUUUGUUGCCGGUUCGGGAAUAAAACACAUCUGCGAUAA